AUGGCCGACUUAGAGUCAAUUGCACAAUUUCUUUCACAGUCUGUGGUGGCAUCAACUGCCAAAACGGCAGAAGCUCAUUUAAAGGCAUUGGAAACUCAAAAUGGUUUCUCUAUAACAUUGAUGCAUGUUAUUGCAUCCGGAAACCUACCACUGGCCACCAGACUUGCAGGUGCCCUUUUCUUCAAAAAUUUCAUAAAGCGCAAGUGGGUGGACGAAAACGGCACGCACUUGCUUCCACAAGCUGAUGUCGAGGACGUCAAGCGCGAAAUUGUUCCUCUUAUGAUUGUUCUACCAGGUAAUCUUCAAGUUCAGAUCGGAGAGGCCAUCGCUGUGAUCGCAAACUCAGAUUUCCCCCACAAGUGGCCGAACCUUUUGGACAUUCUAAUUGAGAAGCUCUCGCCUGACGAUAUGGUAACUAACCGGGGUGUUCUAACUGUCGCUCAUUCGCUUUUUAAGAGGUGGCGACCACUUUUCCGCACCGAUGAAUUGUUUUUGGAAAUCCAGUUUGUACUCGAUAAAUUCGCCAGUCCCUUUCUCACCUUGCUGAAGAAUGUUGAUGAACAGAUCAUGUCCAAUAGCACUAAUCAGGCUAAGCUCAACCUCCUAUUCGAUGUUCAGUUGAUUUUGGUAAAGCUAUAUUACGAUCUCAACUGCCAGGAUAUACCAGAAUUUUUUGAAGAUAACGUUCAAUCUGGUAUGGGAAUCAUGCACAAAUAUUUGGCUUAUGAAAACCCUCUUUUAGAAGAUCUCGAUGAAGAAGACCAGCCCAGUGUAGUGACAAAAACAAAAGCAGCUAUCGAGGAGCUGGUUCAGUUAUACACUACGAGAUAUGAAGACGUUUUCGGCCCCAUGGUCAGCGAAUUUAUCCAAACUACUUGGAACCUUCUUACCAGUCUGUCGCCGCAAGGUAAGAAUGACGUUUUGAUCUCGAAAUCUUUGCACUUUAUGACUGCAGUGACCAAAAUUCCAAAAUAUUUUGAAGUAUUCAAUAAUGAGGCUGCGCUGAACAGUAUAACUGAGCAGAUAAUUUUACCUAAUGUCACAUUACGCGAAUCGGACGAAGAGCUUUUUGAAGAUGAUCCGAUUGAAUAUAUCAGAAGAGAUCUUGAAGGAUCUGAUUCGGAUACUAGAAGAAGAGGUUGUACCGACUUUCUGAAAGAGCUAAAGGAGAAAAACGAGCACCUUGUGGUAUCCAUCGUUCUCGGGCAUAUGAAGACAUUUUUUGCCAAAUAUCAGGAGGAUCCCGCCAAUAAUUGGAAAUACAAGGAUUUAUGCAUUUACCUCUUUUCUACUCUGGCAAUAAAUGGCAGUGUAAGUAACCCAAGAGUGUCAUCAACAAGCAUUUUACUAGACGUCAUUGAGUUUUUUUCCAAGGAAAUAUCCCCAGAUUUAAUCGGCGAGGUUCCUCAUCCGAUACUCAAAGUGGAUGCCAUAAAGUACAUUUAUACCUUUCGGAACCAACUGAACAAGAGCCAGUUAAUUCAAAUUCUACCUAUUUUGGCAGAUCUUCUGCAAUCCGAUCAAUUUGUGAUAUACACAUAUGCUUCUAUCACUAUUGAAAGAAUUCUAUCCAUUAGGGAAUCUCACACAUCAGCCAACCUCCUUUUCAAAAAAUCAGACCUUGCUGGAAGCUCACAGGUUUUGCUGACGAACUUGUUCCGCUUAGUAUUCAAACAAGGUCACUCUCCUGAAAAAUUAGCUGAAAAUGAAUUUCUGAUGAAAACCGUAUUCCGAGUUCUUACCACAACUGAAGAACUGUCAGCACCUUUUGCACCUGAAACAGUUCACCAACUCCUGGAAAUAGUGUCUAUCAUAUGCAAGAACCCUUCCAAUCCGCGCUUUUCUCACUAUUGUUUUGAAUCGCUGGGGGUAGUACUGAGGUUCAAUGAGCAAUCAAUACCUGAAUUUUUGAACUUGCUGAUGCCAAAAUUUUUGGAAAUACUCUCAGAGGACGUCCAAGAGUUUAUACCGUACGCCAUCCAAUUAAUUGCGUAUUGCAUCGAGCAGCUUCCUUCCGGGAGCGCUCUGCCUGAAUCGGUAUCUCAGCUCUCACAACCAAUCCUAUCUCCUUCGGUUUGGGAAAUGAAAGGCAAUAUCCCUGCCGUAACCCGACUUUUGAAAGAUAUCAUUCGUGUCGAUCCCAACGCCUACCCAGACUUAGUUCCUGUCUUGGGAGUGUUCCAACGACUAAUUGCAUCUAAGACAUACGAUGUUAAUGGCUUAGAAUUGCUAGAGUACAUCAUUUCCUUCAUGCCAAUGGAGAAGGUUCAACCUUAUAUGAAGCAAAUUGCCGUUCUUUUACUUCAACGCUUGCAAAACUCAAGGACAGAGAAGUAUAUUAAGAAGUUCGUGGUCUUUUUGAGCAUUUUGGCUCAUAGACGAGGCUCUGAUUUGAUUGUUGACUUCAUCGAUGAGGUUCAGGCGGGAUUGUUUCAGCAAAUAUGGACUGCAUUUGUUAUUAACACGCUUCCAACCAUGGGAAAUUUACUGGACCGGAAGGUUGCGAUCAUUGGUAUUUUGACGGUAAUAACCAGUGGAAGCCAAUUCAAUUCGAAAUAUUCCCAUCUUUUCGCAUCAUCUUUAGAAGUGUUGGUUGAAACAACAGCUUCGGAAAGUAUUGUAAAUAUGAACACAGACUAUGUGGACCUCGAAAACUUAGAAGAAAUAACCACUUUUGGAUCGAGUUUCAGCAGGUUGAGCUCAAUCGGGGAGAAGAGUUUCGAUCCUUGUCCGGAGGUAGAUCUCACUGCUGGUGUCAGAAGUUAUGUGAAGGACGCAUUAUUAGCAUUUAACGAGAAGACUAAUAAUGGCCUCGUUAGCCUCGCACCACAGUUAUCAGAAAGUGCUAAGGUAGCCCUGCAUACGUUGGGAUUUGGUUGA